UUUUAAUUUCGGAUGUGAGACCUCUCCAUAGAAACCAUCUCGAGAGGCUUUGGUUGGACUUCCACUUCGCUCAGUCGACUCCCCGCGGCUGCCUCUAAUCGUCACCCUCUUAUUUACCCCUCUUUGCCGUUGGCCGGCUUUCUUCUCUGCGUCAUUCUGUUACCCAACGUGUAUCCACUACUCCUCUUGUAUUUCUUCACCCUCCUGUCCUAAUCCCCCUCCUUUCUCUCUUAGUUCCUUCAGUAAUUUGCCCUCCUCUCUCUUUCUGACUUCCGCAGCCUCCGCUCGGUCCCCCUCCCCGACUCUUUCUCUCUGCCGAUCAUGGCCUUUGAACGGAACGCGCGGUAUUUCGGCUCCUAUGUCAUGCAGAGACCCGCUAUGGGGCGUAUCACGGGCGUUCCCUUGGACCAGAAAACAUGUGAGACCUGGCCAGACAUUUGGGGCUUCCAGGCGCACCCUGGAGAUGUUCUGGUGGCCGCCUAUCCCAAAGCAGGAACCACAUGGAUGCAGGAGGUGGUGGACAUGAUACACGAAGACGGAGACGUGGCGAGGUGCCGGCGCGCCCCCACAUACGACCGGCACCCAUUUCUAGAGGUUGUGGCCCCCAAGCCCGUGCCAUCAGGGCUGCAGUUAGCAGAAGCCAUGGAGCCGCCCCGUAUCCUAAAGACUCAUCUUCCGGUCCAGUUGUUGCCUCCGUCGUUUUGGGAGAAGAAGAGUAAGGUCAUUUACGUCGCUAGAAAUGCCAAGGACUGCCUGGUCUCCUACUUCCAUUUCCAGAGGAUGAAUAAGGGUCUGCCGGACCCCGGGAGCUGGGAAAAUUACUUCUCAACGUUCCUGUCUGGAGAGGUUCCCUGGGGCAGCUGGUUUGAGCACGUCACCGGCUGGUGGAACGCAAAAGACCGACAUCAAAUACUUUACAUUUUCUACGAAGACAUGGUCGAGGAUCUGAGGCGCGAGGCGCAGAAAGUGGCCAGGUUCCUUGAGAAAGAUCUGUCUGAGGAUGUUCUGGAGAAGAUCUGCCAGCACACCUCCUUCCAGGCCAUGAAGGACAACCCCAUGGCUAAUUACAGCACCAUUCCUACGUUCGUAAUGGACCAUUCCAUCUCCCCGUUCAUGAGAAAAGGCAUCGUAGGAGACUGGAAGAACCAUUUCUUGGUGGCCCAGAACGAAAUCUUUGACGAGGAAUACGAGAGAAGAAUGAAAGGGACCACACUGACCUUCCGCACCCAACUCUAAAAGACAGAAGAGGGACAGUAAAGGGGGCAUUAUUCCUCCCCAGU